UAAACUCAAAGAAAGCCGUAACUUACAUAACUAAUUCGCGUUGACGCUUACUGUGAGUGAAUUUUCAAAACACACGAGUUAAUCAGGUGAAGUUUGAAAAACAUUGAAAAAAACAAAAACGUUACCGAUAAUGGUUACAUCAUUUUGUGAAAUAACACAGGACGAAAAACAAGGAAGGUAUUUAAAGACAACUCAGAAUGUUCCAGAAGGAAGUUUGAUUUUAAAAGAAGAACCGUUAGUUAUCGGUCCUGAAGGGGUCGGUGUUGUUUUCUGUUUUUGUUGCAAUAAAAUUUUGAAUGGUGUAAAAAUUCCAGUAUGUCCGAAAUGUAAAACCGCUAGCGUUUGUAAUGAAAAUUGUGAAGGGAUUUGGCAUAGCGAUAACGAAUGUGAUUUUUUCUCUAAAUGUUCCGUCCAAUGUGGGCAUUUCCUAGUUAACAGUCAAAUCAUUUUACCUUUGCGCUGUUUGGUCUUCAGAAAUUCAAACAAUCAAAAAUGGGACGAACUUUUGAAGCUUGAAUCCCAUUUAGAAAAAAGAAGAAAAUGCCCAGUCUGGAAAGAUAUCGCUAUUAAUAUUGAAGCGUUGUUUCUAAAUUUGGGAAUCAUAUCAAAAGUAGAUGUUGAAAAUGAACUGAUUCAAAAGAUAUGUGGAAUAUUGGAUAUCAACUCGUUCGAACUCCGAACUAAUGCAUUUAUAGAUAAUUACAGUUCAGGUCCAGUACAUGUUUUGCGAGGGCUGUACCUGAAAGCAGCAUUGAUUAAUCACGAUUGCGUUGGAAAUACACAUCUGGCUAUUGAUGAUAAUUAUAAUCUGAUUAUCCAUGCAAGUAUAGAUAUUCCUGUUGGAGCAAGCGUUUAUUUCAACUAUUCCAAUCCUCUUAAGGGGAACAACGAACGUCGCCUGAUACUACGCCAAAGCAAAUACUUCGAUUGUCUUUGCAACAGAUGCCUAGACCCGUCCGAACUAAAAACCGAAAUUAGUUCUUUGAGAUGUCCACGAUGUAAACAUGGCUUUGUUCGACCCGUUAAUGUUGAUGGAUCGUAUAAUAUGUGGUCGUGUAACACUUGUCAGAGAGAUUUCAGUCAUUCCUUGGUACAGAGCACUAUAAUUGAAGCAAGAGCCUUGUUAAAUUCACUUAAUAUCUCGGACAUAGCUGAGCACGAAGAACUUCUACAUAAAUUAUUAAAAACGUUUAGUCCAAAUCAUUUUCUACUACUAGAAAUAAAACAGAACUUGAUAGGUUUGUAUACUCAAUCUGAGCCGAAAGUAAACAAAUUACGACGCAAAAUCGAACUUUGUGAAGAACUACUGCCACUAUUUAGAGUAGUUGAACCAGGACUAUCGCGAAUGCAAGGAAUCACUCUUUACGAAUUACAAAGUGCUCGAGUAUUGUUAGCUGAAAAGCGAGUUAAAAACAAGGAAAUUGACGAAAAAGCUUUUAUCGAGGUUCUUAAAGAUGCGGACUCGUUGCUGAAGCAGUCAAUUAAACACUUAUUGUACGAACCAAAAUGCAGUCCCGAAGGCAGGCUUUGUUUGGAGUGUCUUGGAGAACUUAAACGAAUUAGAAGCUUAAUGACCGAAUUAGAACUGUCACCGUGUUGUAAUGAAGUGAAAAGUCAUCGGAAAAAGGAUAAAACUAGUUGUCUCUCCGAGCUUUAGUUGAAACUAACACUAGAGAAAGUAAUUUGGGAUUGAAAAUAAGAUAUGGUUUAUGCCCCUUUAUACUAAUAGCAGUUUGUAGUAAAUACAGGGUUAUAACGUUGUCAGAUGCAAGAUUGGUUUGAUGUUUCUGAGGUAAUAUUAUUUGGAAAUGACCAUGAAACGACAAUACAAACGAAACUAUUCGGAUAAAUCUCCGUUAAAAGUUGAAAGACAACAGAGCCUGCUUUAUGAUUCCUUACUUUCGAAGCAGGGACCAUUGGAACGUUGAAAGGUUGAGAAUAAAACAAUAAAAGAUUAUGUAGUUUACAAAAAGACGUUUGGUAAAUGCAGGUGAAGUGUUUUAUUAAAAUUAUCAAGGUAAUUAACACAAGCAAUAUGAUUAGUAAAUACAUGCUACAAAUGUGAUAUACCUAAUGAUAUAAAUAUUGUAAAUUGUUCUUAUUAACAUUCUUGAAGUGAAACUUCUUUGUCGACGUAAGAAGGAAAUUUAAUAGAAUAUAAAACCGAAAAGUGUAACGUCACGCGUAACGCGUUACGUGUGACCCUUGGUGGAUAUGUCCAAAAGGAGUCAUUUUAACAGGCUUCAGAUGUCAACCUGUUAGUAGCAAUGGAUAAUCCGAAAAUUUCGAAAUCAUUUCGAUAAAUUGUCAGCAGAUCGCGCUUGCGCUGUACUGCAUACAUACAUCUAUAUUGCAUAUGCGUUUGUAUUUGUUUGUUCUGAUUUGCAGUUUCUCAUUGCAGUUUCCUAUGGUACAAGAGUAAAUGUUUUUAAUAAAACUAAACCAGUAAAAAAUUAAAUUGAUUUUUUUAGGUAUUUAGUAAUUAGUUGACGCAAUAGUUUAAUUAAAAAAUACUAAGUACUAUAAUAUGCAGUCUAAUGAAGUUUCACUUUUUACGCGUGUAUACUAAUACACGCUCGCCCCAUUUUUUUACUUUCCAGUUGUGGUCCUCAUAACAGCAACAAACGAAUAUGCUGUUUUAACAAUCUAAAAAGAUAAAAGAAGGAGAAGACGUAAAUAUUUGUUUUAUAAAUAGCUAUUUUAUUAACAAAAUAGCAAAGUUAUUAAAAGGCAAUUAACAAGGUUUUUAAUCUUUUCAGUGAGUUUUUAACAGAAGGUGGAAAAAAUUUCAACAAUAUCGUCACUAUCUUAGAUCUACUAUUGAUGAACUAAGCAAAACGUUUGUAUUGUCACAUGCGUAUACGCCACCCAACAUACAUGGUAACCAGGUUUCUAGACGGCAUAUAUCGGAUCUUUUUAGAACUUGUCCAGCUCCUAUAAAUAGCGGUCGCGAGAUUGAGUAUAGUUAGUACGAGAACGAGUUCGAGGUGAUACAAGGCGAAGAAGUGACAAAGUGUUCAUAUAGUGGUGAAUCAAUA